AAAAAACGCAAGCGUUUUCCUGUAACUACGUCGUAUCUGGGAAAGUCGUGGCGAAAAGGCAGCGUGAAGAAUCCCAUUGUUUUGUCACCGUUGAGCGGCAGGUGAAAGGAAGCCUCAAGCCUCAUCACCGUCUCCGUUUCAUUCCGAUGACGGCGCCGUUAAAUUCCCCUAGGCGAUUACGAUCGCUGCGAUAUUCCUCGGAGAAGAUGGAAGGUACCGGGAGCUGGGACGUGAUUGAAUGGAGUAAACUCGAUCCAGCUUCUUGGUCAAGCUCUUUUUCAAACUUGGAUUGCUUGCUGGAAUCCGAGAGGAUCACCUUCGAGUGUUGUGGAGUUAUCCUUGUUAACACCCACGAGGCGGGGACUCUCUUGCUGACUAACUUCCGUAUUCUGUUUCUGACUGAAGGAACUAGAAAGCUUGUUCCGCUUGGUACAAUUCCACUGGUGGCUAUCGAGAAGUUUAGCAAAAUGGUGCUGAAAGGUCAAUCAAACAGACAUCACUCCGACAAGAAUCCACCAAAACGUCUUUUACAGGUCACUGGCAAAGACAUGAGGAUAAUUGUCUAUGGUUUUCGACCUGGAACCAAGCAGAGACGUGCUGUGGUUGAUGCAAUAUUGAAGUGUAGCAACCCAGAGAGAGUGUGGGAUCUCUAUGCUUUUUCGUGUGGGCCUUCCAAAUUCGGUAACAAAAACCCAAAGGAAAGAUUGCUUAAUGAAUAUUUUCGGCUUCUCGGGAAAAGUUCACUAAAAGCGUCAAAGAAUAUGAUUGAAGAUGGUUCAUUCACACUGUCCAAUGACUAUUGGCGGAUAACUAACUUGAACUCGAAUUAUGACUUGUGUCAGACCUAUCCGUUUGCUUUGAUGGUUCCAAAAUCAAUUAGUGAUGAAGAGCUAAUCCAGGCGUCUACUUUCCGGGCAAAAUGUCGCUUGCCCGUGAUCUCGUGGUGUCAUCCGGGAAGUGGAGCUGUGAUUGCUCGCUCAUCACAACCUUUAGUUGGUCUGAUGAUGAACAUGAGGAGUAACUUUGAUGAGAAACUUGUUGCUUCAUUUUGCACUCAGUUAGCUGGUCACGAGGGAGCACAACGGAAGCUUUAUAUCGCAGAUGCAAGACCUAGGAAAAAUGCAUUAGCAAAUGGGGCAAUGGGAGGAGGCUCAGAAUCAUCUUCAAAUUAUUUGCAAUCCGAAAUUGUGUUCUUUGGGAUUGACAACAUACAUGCAAUGAGAGAGAGCUUUUCCCGCCUUAGGGAUUAUUUAGAUAUGCACGGUACAACAUCAUCCGAUGGGACGUCGUCAUUUUUAAGACAUGGUGGCUGGACUUGGAGUGGAGGUAAUCUCAGUAGUAUGUCUGCGUCAGUAUCAUUACUUGGAGAAAGUGGUUGGUUGAGCCACAUCCAGAGCAUCUUAGCUGGUGUGGCAUGGAUUGCUGCACGUGUUGCGAUGGAGUCGGCAUCAGUUCUUGUGCACUGCAGUGAUGGAUGGGACAGAACAACUCAGCUGGUUUCUCUUGCAUGCUUAUUGCUUGAUCCAUACUACAGAACAUUUGCUGGGUUUCAGGCUCUUGUCGAAAAGGAUUGGUUAGCAUUCGGUCACCCGUUGUCAGAUCGUAUAGGAAUGACUAACGUUUGUGGAUCUGGUAAUUUUGAAUCACCAAUUCAGACUUCUUCUGCCAGAAGUUACCCUUCAUCUCCAGUGCCGCAAACUUCAGGAUCAGCAGCUGCUCAACCUUCUAGCUCUUCACAUGGGCUGAACAACUAUUCUCCUAUAUUUUUGCAGUGGGUUGAUUGCGUUUCGCAGCUAAUGCGGAUGUAUCCUUGUGCUUUCGAGUUUUCACCGACUUUCCUGGUAGAUUUCAUGGACUGCUUGCUUUCAUGUCGUUUUGGGAACUUUUUGUGCAAUAGUGAAAAGGAGAGGGAAGAGUGGGGGAUUUCUGAAGCAUGUGGAUGCAUGUGGUCUUACUUGACCGAUCUGCGUUCCUGCGGUGGAACUUCUCAUGCCCAUUGUAAUCCAAUUUAUGAUCCUUCGAGAUAUGAUGGCCCGUUAUUACCUCCUGCAGCUGCUCUAGCACCGACUCUCUGGCCCCAGUUCCAUCUUCGGUGGGCUUGCCCAGUGGAACCGAUCGCUGCAGAAACCGAGGUCCAAUGUAGAGCCAUGACCGUUAAGUAUUCAGAAAUGAAGAAGGAGAAAGAAGAAGCAGAGAGGAAGGUAGAUGCAUUGUCGUCUACAGUAGAGUCACUGAGAGAAGAGCUGCUGAACGAAAGAAAUAUAAGUCUUGCAGCUAGGGAAUCAGCAAAGAGAGCUAUCGAAGAGCGUGCAGUCAUAUCACGGGUCGUGCAGUCACUCGGCUGCAAGGUUAAUGUCGCAAAGAACGGAGAAUGCACAGUUGAAGUAGGAGACGGGCCACAGAAAUGUUCUCACUCAAUUCCCACAAAACAAUCCGAGGACAGUAAAACAGAUGUCUCAGAAUCUCUCUCAUCAGUGAGUGAACAAACAGUUUGUGAAGCAUUGUGUCCGUUGCUUACAAGAGGAGAAGGAACUUGUCGCUGGCCUGACGCGGGUUGUGCUCAGAUCGGGAGCCAGUUAGUUGGGCUAAAAGCAAACUUUGAAGCAUUUGACAAACUCUCCAUAUACGACAGCUAUUUCACAGCUGAAUGAGAGAGUCUCCUAAGUCUCGACCCUUACAUCAAGGACCUUGUGUGUAUGUUUUUUUGACAGAGUAAAAGCAUAGCAACAGCAAAGAGGAUCAUAACCAUCAAUAAAACCCGAGAGCAUUUUGGAGUGUGGAGGAGCAUCUCGGGAACUAACUUCGUGUAUAGCAAAUGCGAUCAUUGUGAAAGUUAGAUUAUCUGAUUGUUGUUUUGUUUGGUUGAUAGUGACUUUUGAGGAUUGAAAUUAAAAGUACAGUUUCUUACUGAGGAUGAUAGGGUUGAUUAUAUGGUUUGGUUCAUGAACUUUUGAAAAACUUGGGACUUAUUUUUCCA